GGUGAGGAAUAACACAAUGAAAAAAGGGAGUGAAGACAACAUCAUUCUCCACAAAGAAAGCUAAGUCUUAGAAUCAUCACUCCAAUUCCCCUUUUUGGCCCCUUCUUCUCUCUUUUCUUACUUUGACCCUCCACAUUAUUACCAUGCACCAUCUCCCUAUAUGCUUGCUUUUAUUAUUGAUCACACCCUCAUUACUCUCUAAUUACCAGUAAUCACUACAACUAAAAAGAUUAAACUACACUAAUUACUACCACUUGACCAAAUUAAUCCAGCUAAGACCCCUGGACAUGAUAUCAACCAAAAACUUUGUUAUAAAAUAUAAUGAUAUUUUUACAAAAUUCUUCUUCUCUUUAUUUGUAGAAAGUGAUACAGAAAAAAAGGAAGGGAGAGCAACAAACCUUUUGGAGCAAGUCAUAGGUUAAAAGCCCCAUUGCUUUUUCUUCCAUCACUUUCAUUCCUCUCUUCUCAUUCUUUCAGACUGACUUUGAGAGAGAGAGAAUUUAACAGAUCUUGCUCAGAUCUUUUUAUACCUUCUUAAAAAAUCGAUAUUAUAUAGAGAAACUCUCUCUCUAUAUAUAUCUUGAAGAUUCUGAAGAGAUGGGAAACUACUACUCUAGAAGAAAAUCUCGAAAACACAUCACGACUGUUGCCUUGAUCAUCCUUCUUCUUCUUUUGUUUCUGUUUCUUUACGCUAAAGCUUCAUCUUCUUCUUCCCCUAAUAUUCAUCACCAUUCUACUCAUGGAAGCUUGAAGAAACCUGAAAUUUUGGAUCCAGAGCUUCAUGAUCUUGAUUCCAAUGCUGCGUCAAAAGGAUCACUAUAUACUAAUAAAGGUGGCGGUGAAGUUGUAUUUGAAGAUGGCAAGAGAAGGGUCUUCACAGGUCCUAAUCCUUUGCACAACAGAUAACUUUUUUUGCAUCUUACAAGUUUUGUGAAUCUUUGUCGUUUGAAUAAAAAUACAUUUGUGCAAACAAAAAGAACCAUAAUUAUUUUCUUCUUACACUGAUAUACAUUAUAUCGUCGUAUGUGAUCUGCCGUGAUUGUAACUUCUGUGUUCUUUCUAUCCGGCGGAAUGAGAUUUUAAGAGUGUUGGACAACAAGUCUUUGAAUAUAGUUAGUUAUUAAUGCUGCU